AAAAAACAGAGAGUAAAAAACCUCAUUUAUUUCAAACAAAUUUGUGCCUCAUCCUCAUCCCAAAAUCUUUCUCCUAAUAAUUGAGUUCAAUCCACACACACUUAUUAGUAUUACCACAAAAAAAAACAUCAAACUCAAAUUUCAAACACAAAAAAACACACACACUCCUAUGUUAACUAAGUGUCUCAAAAUUUGUCCAACAUCAACAACGUAAAUGCAAAUCAAAUUCUGUCAUCUGGGUAUUGUUCUUUUCAACUUUCUUUCAUCUGGGUCUUGUUCAAAAUCAAUUUUUUCUCAAUUAGUUGCUUUUAUUCAAGAUUAUGAUGCAUAGGUGAAAUUUGUAAAGGUUGAAGCAAAUCAAAUUCUAUGAUCUGGGUAUUGGUUUUUUGAAGUUUUUAUCAUCUGGGUAUUGUUCAAAAUCAAAUUUUGUUUCAAUGGGUUGCAUUUAUUUAUGCAUAGGUGAAAGUUGCUAAGGUUGAAGAAAAUCAAAUUCUAUAAUCUGGGUAUUGUUAAAGUUUGGUUUUUAUCAUCUGGGUAUUGUUAAAGUUUGAAUUUUUAUCAAUGGGAUGCAUUUAUUCAAGAGUAUGCAUAGGUGAAACAUGUAAAGGUUCAAGCAUCAAUGGUGACCCAAUUUCAAGACAUGAGCUUCAACAAGCUUUUUCACCAUCCUCUGAUGGUGGUGAAAUUCGAGACCAAUUGAAUCAGUUAAGCUUAACUAGAGAUCCUGAAGCUGGAAUAAGAAGACUAGCUAGGGUUUCGUCGCAGUUUCUUCCACCGGAUGGUUCGAGGAUUGCGAAGGUUGAUUCGGAGAAGUAUGAAUUACGGUAUUCGUAUCUUUCUCAGCGCGGUUAUUAUCCUGAUGCUCUUGAUAAAGCGAAUCAAGAUAGUUUUUGUAUUCACACGCCAUUUGGAACGGAUGUGAAUGAUCAUUUUUUCGGUGUUUUUGAUGGUCAUGGUGAAUUUGGGGCGGAGUGUUCACAGUUUGUGAAGCGUAGGCUUUGUGAGAAUUUGUUAAGGAAUUCUAAGUUUAAUGUUGAUCCUGUUGAGGCUUGUCAUGCGUCUUUUUUAGCUACGAAUUCACAGUUACAUGCUGAUGUUUUAGAUGAUAGUAUGAGUGGAACAACAGCCAUAACAAUUUUGGUUAGAGGGAAGACGGUUUAUGUAGCGAAUUGUGGUGAUUCGAGGGCGGUGAUAGCGGAGAAGAAAGGGAAAGAUGGUGAUAUUGUUGCAGUUGAUUUGUCUAUUGAUCAGACACCUUAUAGAGUUGAUGAGUUAGAAAGAGUGAAACUUUGUGGUGCUAGGGUUCUAACUUUGGAUCAAAUUGAAGGGUUAAAGAAUCCUGAAGUUCCGUGUUGGGGUAGUGAUGAAGAAGGUGAUGAUGGCGAUCCUCCUAGGUUGUGGGUCCCAAAUGGGAUGUACCCUGGUACUGCUUUUACAAGGAGUAUUGGUGAUUCUAUUGCCGAGACUAUUGGUGUUGUUGCGAAUCCUGAGAUUGUUAGUUUUGAACUCACACCUAACAAUCCAUUUUUUGUUAUUGCUAGUGAUGGUGUUUUUGAGUUUCUUUCUAGCCAAACUGUGGUUGAUAUGGUUGCAAAAUUCAAAGAUCCACGUGAUGCUUGUGCUGCGAUAGUGGCAGAAUCUUAUCGACUAUGGCUACAGUAUGAGACUCGUACAGAUGAUAUUACAGUCAUCAUUGUGCAUAUAAAUGGACUAAAAGAACCCAAUGUUGCUCACUCGGAAAGUUAUCGCGAAGUUUUACGAACCCCUGUCCCUCAAGUUGUAGAGGUGACAGGUUCAGAAUCUCCUUCCACAUUUGGAUGGAAUGCUAGGAAUCAUCGUGUAAGGCAAGAAUUGUCAAGGGCACGCCUCCGAGCAAUUGAAAAUUCCCUCGAGAAUGGACAAGGUUGGGUUCCUCCAUCUUCAGCCCACAGAAAGACAUGGGAGGAAGAAGCACACAUAGAACAGGCGUUGAAUGACCAUUUUCUCUUUCGAAAACUUACCGAAUCUCAGUGUCAUGUUUUAUUGGAUUGCAUGCAAAGAGUUAACGUCGAACCUGGGGAUAUUAUAGUCAAACAGGGUGGUGAAAGUGACUGUUUUUAUGUCGUUGGCAGCGGAGAAUUUGAAGUCUUGGCAACUCAGGAAGAAAAAGAUGGGGAGGUACCUAGGGUUUUGCAGCGCUACACAGCUGAAAAACUAUCAUGCUUUGGAGAACUUGCUCUGAUGUACAACAAACCACUCCAAGCCUCUGUGCGUGCUGUAACAAACGGAACUCUUUGGACUUUAAAGCGAGAAGAUUUUCGCGGGAUUUUAGUGUCAGAAUUCUCUAACUUAUCAUCAUUGAAGUUACUUCGGUCCGUAGAUCUCCUCUCCAGAUUGUCAAUUUUACAACUGAGUCAGAUCUCUGACUCCCUUUCUGAAGUUACCUUCUCAAGUGGACAGACAAUAAUCAAUAAAAAUGAAGUCCUUGCAUUGUACAUCAUCCAAAAGGGACGUGUAAAAUUAACUUUCGAUGCUGAUUUAUUGACAAGUCCAAAUACCUACAGCCUCAAGGCCGACAUCGAAAAUGAGGACGAUGAUGUACAGAGCGGAACAGAACUGUCAAUAGAGAAGCCUGAGGGAAGCUAUUUCGGUGAAUGGUCCCUUCUUGAUCAACAAAUUGGUUCCUUAACUGCUGUUGCUGAGGAUGAUGUUGUAUGUGCUUUACUAACAAAGGACAAACUUGAAUCAGUUAUUGGCUCCUUGCAAAAGAUUUCUCAGGAAGAUCACAAGUUGAGGGAUAAUUCCGAGGAAUUCACUAAAAGUUUUGAAUUCUCAUCGUUUGAUAAAGUCCAGCUCUCAGAUUUGGAGUGGAGAAAGACGAUAUAUUCCACUGACUGCUCUGAGAUUGGACUUGCAAAUUUAAAAGACUCAGCAGAAAAUGUGCUUACUUUGAAGAAAUUUUCCAAGCCGAAAGUGAAAAGGCUAGGAAAGGAAUCACAAGUCUUGAAAGAGAAAGAUUUGAUUAAGAGUAUGAGCUCUUCAGCUUGUGUACCACAAGUUUUAUGCACCUUUGCCGACCGCAUAUAUGCUGGAAUACUGCUAAAUACACGUCUUGCUUGCCCUUUGUCUUCCAUACUAUCAAGUCCUUUUAGCGAAUCAGCGGCCCGAUAUUGUGCUGCUUCUGUUGUGAUUGCCUUAGAAGACUUGCACAAGAAUGGUGUUCUGUAUAGAGGUGUCUCGCAUGAUGUUUUGAUGUUGGAUCAAAGAGGACAUAUACAGCUGGUGGACUUCAGAUUUGGAAAGAAGCUCUCUGAUGAGAGAACAUUCACAAUUUGUGGGAGGGCAGAUUCACUAGCUCCAGAGAUUGUUCUCGGAAAAGGCCACAGUUUCCCUGCCGACUGGUGGGCAUUGGGAGUUUUGGUAUAUUUUAUGUUAUGCGGCGAGAUGCCAUUUGGAUCAUGGAGAGAAAAUGAACUCGAUACAGUUGCCAAAAUUGCAAAACGGAAACUAAAUCUUCCUGAAACUUUUAGCCCUGACGCUGUUGAUCUCAUCUCCAAGUUACUUGACGUGGAAGAAAAUACUAGACUUGGUAGCCAAGGUUCUGAUUCUGUCAAGAGUCACUCAUGGUUUAACGGUAUCGACUGGGAAGCACUUAGACACCACGCUUUUCCUGUUCCUCCAGAAAUUGUUUCUCGUAUAACACAAUACUUGGAAGUUCGUUAUGAGGAUUCUUCCGCUUCUGUUGAGUCUCCAUUAGAAGAGGUAGAAGAACUUAAUGUGCCUGAAUGGCUUGAAGAUUGGUAGAAAAAUUAGUAUUAAACACUACAUAAAUAUUUACCUUUUCUUGUUAUGAGCUUCUUUCCCUCCAUGCUUUCUAAAAGAUCACACGUGUGUUCGGAAGUAUACAUCCGGACAUGAAUAAAUUUGUGUUUUUGUCCGGAAGAAUACUUCCAGAGAGCAAAAAGAACAAUGUUUUUCUUUUUCUUUCUGGAAGUAUACUUCCGAAGCGACCGUGGAAGUGGAAAAAGAAGCUAUUUUCUUGGACAAAUUGCAAUCUAAGAAUGCAAUUGACCAUAAAAUGCAAAGAGAGAAAUAGAUCCAUAAUAUCCUCCCUAGUUCAAUAUUUUAGUUGCUGAAUGGGUAGGAUAGGUUUAAAAUGUUCUUUAUUAUCUCUUUAAAUUUUUCAUUUUCUAUUUUUUUUUUUUAUAAUUCCUCUUUUCUGUAAAUAUUAUAUGUGUUCAUGAUUGAAUUUGUUUUUAUGUUCAGUUGAAUGUUAAGCUAUUUAGAAUUUUAUAUAUUAUGGACUAAUGUCCAUAUUUACACAUAAUGUAAGAUUGAUUUUUAAGUAAAAAAAUAAUGUAUUAUUUGUUU